GGGUCAGUAGGGUCGUUUUUUGCUCUACCCUCCUGUACAGUAGGUGGCAGUAAACGCAAAAAGUGAAUCACAGGAACACGUGGUUGUAACUAGAGUUCUGGUAAAAGGCAUCUUUGCAGUAUUUUUGUAAAGGGAGCAUUUGUACAUGCAGUGUUUGUUAUAUAAAAUAUGUCAGUAAAAUUGAAAGAUGUGUCGUCUUCCAGUGGAGCAGAGUCGGAUUCUGAAACGACUGAGAAAGAGAAAAAGCUAAGUACCAAAUACCGUUGCCCCAGCGAUUUCGUGCCCUGUACCUACCGGCCAUGUGAAAACAUUCGACUAGAUAAUCUUAAUGACAACUGUACAGAAUUAUGGCUCAUCAAAGCCCCAUUCAGUUUCAGUCCAAACAGUUUCUCUGAUUUGAAGAUUCCUCUAAGGGGCUCAAAGUCUCUCCAGGCUGAGAGUCAGAAGAUGGAAACCUACAGAAUUCUAAGCAAUACUGUUGGUACUAGAUCAAUGCACCUCCUUUCAGCUUGUGGCAUGCAAGAUGGCAUUGUCUGUGGACCAACUAUUUCUGGACUCAUCAACAUAUGUGAGGACAGUGGGGAUAUUCUCAGUAACCAAAUGAUCACGCCUCUCCCAGCAUCUCCAGCACCUAGCAUACCUGAGGGUUUGAAGCAACGCUUCACUCCCUUUGGGUGCACAAGUCCUCCAACCCCGACCACAAGAAGAGACAAGGGCAACACUUCUCAUGGUAGAUCGUCCAGCAAAAGGGCAAAAAAGGACUUGGAGGAAACGGAAAAUAGAAAAAGCAAGAAAAAGAUUAAGUCAAAUAUCAAAAUGGAGGAGGAAGAAGGUCAAAUGGAUGUGCAUCAGAAUCUGUCCUGUGAGGCAGUAACAAAGAAAAAGAAGAAAAAGGGUAAAGAAAAGGACAAAAAGAAAGAGAGGCUGAGCAUAAAGGAAGAACCCGAAAUAAAAACUGAGCCUGAACAAUAUGCAUAAUGUACAGAAAUGUUUGAUACUUAAAACAUGUCAAGCGGUUCAUAUAUUUAGAAGAUGUAAUUUUAUGUAAAAUGUAUUGAAUGAAGAUUAAAAAACUCUGAUGAUAAAAACAUUUAAUCUGA